AUGUUCAGCUUGACAAGGUUCAAUAGAAGGCUCUAUUCCAGUAUUGCUGAGCUACACAAGCAGUUAUCGCAUGAACCUAGUUUCCAGGGUAAGCAGAAGUUGCUUCAGACUAUACCUAUUGCAUUUGAAAAAUUCAGUAGCAGCGAUGAGAACGGUGAACUAGUUCAUGACAUUGUGAAGACAGUUCAGAACCAUGCUGCCCUUUCCAAGGAUGAUAAGGUUGAUUUGAUCAAUCAAUUUAUGAUCCAUGGACUUCCACAUGACUAUUCUUUGUAUUUUACAGUGAAGAAGGGUAGUCAUAGUUGGACUACGGAUUCGCUUGCGAAAUUGAUAGAGGCUAAUCCUGGUAGAGUUGACCAAGGAUGGGAUUUAUAUAAGAAGUAUAUAGACGGUAGCAAUAUUAAUUCAGACGCUGCUGAUAGCCUUCUUUAUCAAAUUUUGCUAGAAAAGCUUUUAUUUGGAGAGAAGGUUGAGAUCAGAGACAGUGAUAUAGAAAUGAGUGUUAAUAGACUUGCGAGGGCCAUCUAUGUCAGCACGAAAGUAGACAAUGUCACACUCGAAUCUCUGGUUGAAAUUAUUCGCUUGGCGAUCCAGUAUAAGUGUAUACCGACACUCUACUGGAGUGGGGUCAGUAAUGAACAAAUCUUGAAGGUUAUCUCGGGUAAUGAGUUUGAAGUUGACGAUGAGAGCUACGUUCAAUUGUUUAACAAAGUUUUCAGGGAGAGUCCUGAAUUAGUAGACAAAGAAAGUAUAUGCAAGGCACUCACCAGAGUAGAGUCUGCCAGGAACGGACAGGAUACCGGUGAAGUGGAUAACGGAAACAUUCUGGAAGUGAAAAGAGUGUUGAGAGCAGAAGGAGUAGCUAUUUCUGAUCAUCUGGUGAUUGCUAUUCCUGAGAUGGCUUCAUCGCUCGCAGAUUCCAUUUUGCUGUAUAUUAGGACCAAUAACCUUGACCUUGACAAAUCUGCAGAGUCCCUUCUAGUUAGGAUCAAGUUGAUGGAGGUUUACGGAAUGGAUCGAAACGAUAUACAAGAGGCAUUAGCCAAAUUUCACGAUUACCAAGCGCAUGAGAAGUUUGGCAUAGAGCUUGUGCAGCACAAGUUAAUAGCUGCAUUCUGCUACAAGGCAGUGGAGCAACACAACGAGCACUACUUGAAGAUUGCACACACAUUAAUGACCAUGGAGGAUAUUCCAAUCAAAGUUUUGCUGGUUUUAAUCUUGGCCAGAUCAGAGUUUGACGAUGAGUCUGCCUUGGAAUUGUACAAUGAGUACAUCAACCUGGUUCCCAAGAAUAUCAAUUCGGUCACCAAGAGGUCUGGUUCAGGGUUAUUGACAGAGGCAAUGAUGUUGGGGAGCUUAUACAACAAGGACAGAGAGUUUGCUCUGUUGUUGUUUGAGAUGGCCCAAAAGAACAAUAUAGUCAGCGAUGAGUACGAGGCGACGACUUUAAAGAAGUUGUUCAAGGUAUAUGGGGAUGCAUUUGCUGAGGACAACUGGGAGAUAGCACACGCAGAGUUAAAGAAGUAUGUAUUACAGGCAAUCAGAAGGUAA